AUGUCCUUAUUAAUUGGAGGUGAUUUCUACUGGGACAUAGUUCAAGACAAAAUAGUGCGUGGAAACGGUCCAACCGCAGUUAGCUCGAAAAUUGGAUAUUUACUUUCCGGUCCUGUCCCUACACGAACCAGUAAUGCAUCUUUCUCAAUGAUGAAUAUACUAGUAUGUCACAAACAAGAAGAGUGCGAUCUUGAAAAAUUUUGGAAGCUUGAAUCAUUGGGAAUUGACGCUAAAGAACAAAAUGAUCCAGACCUAGCUGAAUCAAUUGAAGAUUACUUACAAACCUCUAUUACGAAGAAAAAUGAUAAGUAUAUUACGAAAUUACCAUGGAGAGAGAAUGCGCCAGAACUACCGACAAAUGAAGACAUCGCAAAACGCAGAACGGAAAGCGUUAUUCGUCGACUAAAGAAGGAUCCCGAGAUGUUCCGAAAGUAUGGUGAGAUAAUUACAGACCAAGAACAAAGAGGAUUCAUUGAAAAGGUAUGUGAUGAAAGUACAUGCACAAACAAGGUUCAUUACAUUCCGCAUCAUCCCGUAAAAAAGGAUUCAGUCACCACCCCGAUAUGCAUAGUAUAUAACUGUAGUUGUAGAGCAAAUGACAGUAGUCCUUGUCUUAACGAUUGUCUAGCAACAUAUCCACCAAUUAUGACUGAUUUGACGGAGAUAUUAUUACGCUUUAGAAUGUACAAAUAUGCAGUUACAGCAGAUAUUGAAAAAGCAUUUUUGCAUAUUGAAUUAGAUGUUGAUGACAGAGAUGUCACAAGAUUUUAUUGGUUAGAAAAUCCCAUGGACACAGAAAGCCGUUUGAUUACUUAA